AGUCGUACAUUGCCUAGGGAGAAAUGCGGUCGUUGGUCUCGGUUGCUUUGUUAUCUUUGUUAACUUUGUGUGUUACAGAAAAUGAACACUUUAAGUUUUUAGAGACUCCUUGUGGGAUAUCAACCCGUCCCAAAAUUAGCGGUGGUGACGAUGCAGCCGAGCCAAAUUCUAUAUGGAUGGCAGCGAUAUUCAAUUCAUCCGAUUUUCAAUGCGGUGGCACAAUUAUACAUAUGCGUUUUGUGUUAAGUGCUGCUCAUUGCUUGGUAAGAGGAUAUGAUCUAUACGUGAGGUUGGGGGCACGCAACAUAAAUGAGCCCGCUGCUGUCCACACAGUCAUUAAUGUCUUUGUGCACCAUGACUUCAUUGCAUCGGAAUACCGAAAUGAUAUAGGACUGCUUCAACUGUCGGAGAGUAUCGUCUACACAGUUCGAGUUCAACCAAUUUGCAUCUUUUUGGAUCCGGCUCUCAAAGGGAGUGUUGAAAAAUUGAAAACGUUCAGAGCCCUUGGCUGGGGAAAUAGGAACGGAAAAUUGAGCAUAAUGUUGCAAACCAUCUAUCUUCUACACUUGAAAAGAAAUGAGUGCAAACGCAAAUUGAACUUUAAUCUCAAUUCAAGACAGAUUUGCGCUGGAACCAAAAAUGGAGACACCUGUAGAGGCGAUUCUGGGGGUCCCUUGUCCACGAAUAUAUUGUUUCCUUCCAAUAAAAGUUAUGAGGUGCAGUUAGGAAUCGUAAGCUUUGGGGAUCCAGAAUGCCGUGGAGUAGGAGUCUAUACCGACGUGACCAGCUAUGUGGAUUGGAUCUCAUCGACAAUAGCUAGAAAUGACUACCUACCAAUCGGCGUGUCCGGGGGAGACAUUGCCAUGGGCAAUCCCAUUGCUCCUGACGCUAAUCGGCACUGGACUCCUGCGGCUUCACCACCACUUCCUUCGAUGUUGUACAAUAGCUGCAGUCAGGAUAUCGCGGCACCGAUCGCGCAGCUAAGAAUUUAUUGGCCUGGUUCUUAUGCCGUUGGCGUAUUAAUAACAGAUCAAUUGAUCAUCGCUGCUGCCACAGACCUGCCCACAGUUGCCGCCUAUUUAUACGUGUUCGUAGUGCUCGAAGGAAUAAGCGCAAUCAACCAAAUUGAAUCGGUUUCAAAGCACCCAAAUUUUACUACGAAUGAUUACCGAAAUGACAUAGCAGUACUCAAACUUGUUCGAUCAAUAAGCAGCACAGCAAUGAAACCCAUCUGCAUUUUGACAACGCAAAUAUACCAGCAAAACGCCGAAAAGGCUCGAGAAUUGAAAAUAAUUGAUACAGAUUUAGCUGAACAAUUCGACGUCAGGCUAAUGGAAGGGAGCCAAUGCGCGAAACAUCUCGGAUUUCAAAUCAACGAAAAUCAAGUGUGCAUGGUAGAUCCAUCCGACACAAGUAAUCCCCGCCAGAAACGUAGCUACAUAGUGGUUGGAGGGAUGAAUGCCAAUGGCCAGAUACGCUACAUUUUGGUGGGCAUUUUCAGUUUUUCAUCGAAAAACAUACUCGUUUUUACGAAUGUUAUGAGGCACACGGAUUGGAUUCUUUCCUUGCUAUAUUCGUUAAAUACGUCAUCUUAAAAUAUUUAAAUGCCUUAAAAAUGUAAAAGCACGUGUAAAUACCAAUUACUGACAUACGAGUGAUUGGUACAUGUUUUAAUAAUAAAGUAACAUACGCUAACGAAU